GUGUCUGGACCAACUGCUACCACCCCACUCGAUUCCUCCUCCUCCACCAACUGGGAUCCCCCUCUUCGGCCUCUUCCACUGCACCGCUACAUCGCUUCCGCGUUGUCGCCAUGUUUCCUUUCGCUCUCUUGCUUCGUUGCUAUUCAAUCUACCGUGAACGAUUUUUCAUUUCUCGCCGUCAGUGUUGCUAGUAACAGCUGAACGUCGCGGAUUUUAGUGGAAGGAGGGGGAGUGAUCUGAGCGUGUAUGAGUUGCGUGGUGUUGGUUAGAUGUGAGUGAAGGGAGAGAUUCAGUUUUGUUUUGUGAUUUGAUUUUUGGUUUUUUUGGCUACUUUUCCUUGUUUUUUGCGUUUUGAUUGAAAGUGGAAGCUAAUCGCUUGUAACAGUGGUAUGCAACGACAGAGCUGAUGGGAUUUUAGUUAGUAGAUGUGACGUUGGGACUGAGCGAGACAGGUGUCGCGUCGACAGCUCACACAAAGAUUGUUUAAAUUCUCUCACACGGUAGUCUCAGUUUUUCUUCUCAACUACAGAACCAGGAGUGUUCCUUAGUCACUGGCAAGAGAGAAUACGCACCAGCAUGCAGUCAUUUGACAUCGGCGGAAAACCUCUGUACGAGUCCGGUACUGAGUAUUCCUGCAGGACGAUGUAACGCUUGGGCUCAUUCUACAGCAUAGAGACUGGAGGGGGCCUACGGGAUUGCCAUACGAGGCAGAUUCGAAAGUAUUAUGGGCUUGUGGAGAUACGGCUGUGUUAAGGUGAUAACUCAUAUCGGAAAAUGUGUCAGACUUUGAGCAUCAGUGGCUAUGUUAGUCUGAUUCCCAGCGCAGGUGUAUUUGCUGCAUACAUGCUUUUGGCUGCGUCUCAAUUCCCAGCCGGGUUGUCACGAUUCUUCCCCAGGCUUAGCACGGCCAAAUCCCACGAUCUCUUCAGAAUGAGCGUGGGGAAGGAGCAGCAUCAUGUUAUAGCUGUCGAAACAAAUGCAGACAACGACGACGACAUGGCACAACUCAGCCUAGGGAAACUGAGUCUGAAUCUCACGACUAGUCAGUGCCAGCUCGAAUCCAUAAAGAGGUUACACGACUCUCUGGACCCAGAGAAGGACUAUCUAGAGCGGAGUGCAUGUCAGACAGCAGCAGGGAGAGCACUGUGGAACCACGUGAUACAUGACCCAUUAGCAGAAGUCUUCGCUGGGGACGUCUUUCUGCGACGACUGCUUGAGAAGGUUCAACGUGAUCUGGAAAAGAAGGGUAGAGAGACUGCGGGAGUAAUGAUGGCUGUGAGAACGCUUUGGUUUGAUGCCCGUCUUGCAGAAGCUCUAGCCCGGUUUAACAUUACGACUGGUCACCAAGUUGUCCUCUUGGGUGCUGGUAUGGAUGCUCGCGCUUACCGACUUCCGAUACUCAAUAACUGCUCUGUCUUCGAAGUGGACUCUGCGAAAGCCUUGCACUUGAAGGAGUCGAUCCUGCAAGCCAUGGUGGAAGCGGGGGAGCGCCUGCCCGCCCUUCAGGCAGAGAGCCUUAACAGAGUCGCCGCAGACAUCGCAACAGACGACUGGUUUGAGAAACUGAAGGUUGCUGGAUUCGAGGUACAUCUGCCCACCGUUUGGAUCUUAGAGGGGUUGUUGUACUACCUGCAGGACGUUUGUGCGAUGGAAACACUGAAGUUCAUUGCCCAGAAUUGCAUGAACGAAACCGUGGUGCUGGCAGACUUCAUGAAUGAAUCGUCUACCCACUUAGCCCACGAAUUGAAAACUCACUUCUACUUUCAUAGCGACUGGCCUGAAGAGCUUCUCCCCAAUCUGGGAUUCUCUCAAGUCAAGGUUUCACAAAUAGGUGACCCGGACGCAAAUUUUGGCCUUAUAAACGACGAACUCAACCUCUUCCACCAGAUUCGCCGGAUCUCCCGGCACGUCAAGGCGGAUGUGGAUGGAAAGCCAUAUCGGCGGCUACUCCUCGUUGAAAGCUGGGCAUCGUGAGCUCCUCUUCUCCAUCUGCUUACCAGGCAAUACAAAACCAGCUGAUAACAACAACAACAACAACAACAAAAAGACCACUAACAAACAGCAUGACUGGUCUUCUUGUACUUGUAAGGAAUUUGUCUGAUCAUAGGUUGGGAUGAAGAACGCUAGCAAGCAUCUCUGGACAAGCUGUUUAGACAUCGGUGCCGUUGCCGUUCAGAUAGAUGGAAUCUUCGCAAUGCUCCCACGAUGGCCACUUUUCUUGUAAUUAUUGUGAUACCGGCCUUGUUGGAUUUUCGAUCCUAAUCCCAAAUUUUGUUUUAGUUUCUUAGUCACAGUUAUUAUGUUCGUCACAAGUUUAUAUACUUCGGUGGUAUUAUCAAUAAAGGUGGCUUUCCUUGACGAUGUA